GGUCCUCGGGCGCGCGCCGCUCUGCUCUCUCCGCGUCUCGGAAGUCGCUGCCAGUUACCGAGGCGGCGGCGACGAAGACGACGAGCGGGUCCUUGUGGGCCAGAAAAAUCCUGCAAAAAUGUCUCUGUACCCAUCUCUUGAGGACCUGAAGGUAGACAAAGUUAUUCAGGCUCAAACUGCCUUUUCUGCAAACCCUGCCAAUCCAGCAAUUUUGGCUGAGGCUUCUGCUCCCAUUUCUCAAGAUGGAAAUCUCUACCCUAAACUGUAUCCGGAGCUCUCUCAGUACAUGGGGCUGAGUUUAAAUGAAGAAGAAGUCCGUGCAAAUAUGGCCUUGGUCCCUGGAGCAUCAGUUCAGGGGAUUGCCUUCUGGGACUGGGGCUACAGGGAGGAGUUUGGAGUUUUCAGGACCAAACGAGCUUGGGGGAAGGGCCCUUGGCGCUGGGCCUCGGGCCUGGGAGGAGAGGACAUUGCCGUCAGUGCUGGUUCUUCGGAGGGGCUGCGGCGGCGAGGCUGGUUCUGGGAGUGGCAGUAA